AUGGCCACCAACACACUCGUGCUGGUCGUAGCCAUCAUCGCGACGCUGCGGUUUAUUGAAGCGGCCAAAAUACUGGCAAUCUUCCCGGUGCCUUUGAAACAACAUCAACUAGUCUACCGGCCGCUGAUCGAAGAGCUCGCGAACCGAGGUCAUGAGCUGGUGCUGGUAACAACGGAUCCCAUCGAUGCGACGGAUCGCACCAAUGUAUCACUUGAACGGAUAGUGCAGAUCGAUCUUAGUUUCGCCUAUCAGCUACCGGUCUUGGAACAGCUUGGUCGGGACGGGCUGGAUGGGCGUGACAUGCUGCGAAACAUAUUCGAUGUCAUGCGUACGAUCUCGGCCGAAGAACUGCAGCAUCCCGCCAUGCAGAAGCUGAUCAAGUCGGCCAGCCCAGGGACUUGUGAUGCCGUGCAAUGUAACCACUUUGACGUCGUCAUGGUGGAGUGGUCCGGUGUAACGCUGAUGAAUGCAUUUGCGGAACACUUCCGUGCGCCGCUAGUGGGCAUCGCCAACGGGGGUGCCUUCAUCAAUGCGCACGAAGCGCUCGGCAAUCCAAACCAUCCGAUCGGCUAUCCUAGCAUUUUUAUGCCCUUCAGCGAGGAUCUGAGCCUGCUGCAGCGUAUCUCGAGUGUACUGUUCACCGUGUGGUACAGAUUCUACUACUACACUGAGGAGAUUCCUGCUCAGAACCUGAUCGCACAAAGCAACUUCGGUGAUCAGAUUUCCGAUCUACGCCAAAUUGAACAGACGGCCGAUUUGCUGCUGAUCAACGCGUAUCAACAACUUGGAAAUGUACGUCCAGUUGGACCGACGACCGUAUAUCUUGGAGGCAUUCACCAAAGCCGUCCGGCUGUCGGAGCUGAGCUACCGGAAGAUCUUAACCUUUUCCUGUCCCAGUCGGACGAACCGGUUGUGUACGUCAAUCUGGGCUCUUCGCUCGGUGGAAUUGCCGGUCGGACCCGCAUCGACAAGAUUGUUAAGGCACUCGAACAGCUAGAUUUGGCAAGUGUUUGGGCGCUGGACGACGUCAUGGAAGUGGUCAACAGUACCGGGCGCACCUAUCAAUCGCACCACCUACCUCAAGAGGCCGUUCUGGGACAUCCAAAAGUGAAAGCGUUCCUCACGGAUGGCGGCCAGAUAAAUGUGGAGGAUGCCAUCCAGCAUAAAGUACCUGUCGUUGGCAUUAGCUACUCGACCUCGUACGACCAUUAUCUGCGCCAAAUGGUCAAAUAUGAAGCGGGCAUCAUCUCACUCAUCGAUUACGAGGCACAGACUUUUGUGGAUAAGCUGCGCGAUGUUCUAACAAACAGCAGGUAUCAAGAAAAUGUCAACAAGUUGCACACUCUGCUCAACGACCAGCCUCAAACGUCCAUGGAGCGUGCCGUUUGGUGGAUCGAAUAUGUGGCACGCAAUGGAGGAACGAAAUCGCUACACGUGCGCCAUCUGUCGUGGUUUGAGUAUCUCAUGCUGGACGUACUGCUCGUGGUGGGUGUCUUGGCUACACUCGCGUGCUCUUUGAUUGCAUACGGCAUUUUUCGAGCAGUUCGUUACUCGAAAAGCUUACCGAUGGAGAUGGUGACGCGCGGUAGCCGCAAAUGCAAACUGAUGUAG